AUGGCUUUGAAGAGGAAUAACACAACAGUGACUGAAUUUAUUCUUCUGGGUUUCACUCAGAGUCCAAAGAUUCAAUCCAUGCUCUUUUUCAUCUUCCUCAUCAUGUAUAUCUUAACUUGGAUUGGGAACCUCCUCAUUAUCAUUACUGUGAUUUACACACCUGUUCUCCAUAUGCCAAUGUACUUUUUUUUGGCCAACUUGGCUGUCAUAGACAUUAGUGACUGCUCUGUGACAGCAGUAAAAAUUCUGUGGGACUUCAUCUCUCAUACAAAUUCCAUCUCUUUCAACUGGUGUAUUGUUCAAAUUUUUUUCUUUCAUUGUACAGGUGGGGCCGUUGUGUUCUUCCUAGUUGUAAUGGUUGUUGAUCGAUACAUAGCUAUCUACAAACCACUGCUAUAUUUAGUCAUCAUGAACCAGGGAGUUUGCAGUGGUUUGGUCUCAGGAGCGUGGCUGGGUGGUUUUGCUCAUUCCAUUGUCCAGGUAGUACUAAUACUUCAGUUGUCUUUUUGUGGACCAAAUAUCAUAGACAACUUCUACUGUGAUGUCCCACAGGUGAUCAAAUUGUCUUGUACAGACACAUAUGUUGCAGAGCUGCUGAUGGCUUGUAAUAGUGGCCUACUCCUCACACUAAUUUUCUGCAUCUUACUUGUGUCAUAUAUUGUCAUCUUAGUAAAGAUUAGAAUGUAUGUGACAGAAAACAAGUGCAAAGCCCUGUCUACAUGCUCUACACAGGUCAUUGUCAUGAGCUUGCAUUUUGUUCCAGCAAUGUUCAUUUAUGACCGCCCUUUCCGUACAUCUCCAAUGGACAAAAUAAUCUCUGUCUUGUACACAACAAUCACACCAGUGCUAAAUCCAAUUAUCUUUACUCUACGAAACACAGAAAUGAAGAACAGUAUUAGAAAACUGUUAGGAAAAAAAUGUGUUAUGUAA